AUGAGUUCAUUCGGAAAAUGUGUUAAAUGUGAAGAAGUAAUUGGAGAAAAACUCCACGACCAAUUUUAUAGGAUAGGUUAUAUCGGAAGUGAUUGUGGUGAAAAGUUUGCUACCGAAACAGAGCAAAAGAAUUUACAUAGUCCUUUAACCUCUUGCCAGCAACAUAAAGAUUUAAGUUCUAAUACUAGUGUCUCGGAAGAUACAGAAAAAGGAGAAAACAGCACAGAAGUCGACAAUCAAAUCAAAUGUCGGCAAGUCCAAGAAUGGGCUGAAGCAGGAUUAACACCUGAAGAAGUUAGUUUUGCUGCCUAUCUUCAAAAGCAAAACUUCACUCCUCAACAAUACUUCCAACAAGGCAGAGAUGCUCAACAGUGA